CUAUGGUUUUGAAGGAAGAAGGAAAGCAGAAAAAGAAAAACCAUUUAAAAGUAAUAAAUGGAAAUUUUCCAUGUUCUUGUCGCCGCCAAUUGGAGCGGCGAGGCUGCCCCUUUCUCUCUGUUCUUUCUUUGACUCCGUCGCUCCAGUCUCCUUCAACUAUGCCCUUCCCUAGUCCCUUCCUCCCCCCAUCCUUCCUGGCUCUCUCCUGGUCAUCUUAGUCUCUUCUGUUUCUCUUUGAUUUAUCUGAGGACGGUUUAAAAUCUCCUAGGAAUAGCUCACAAUCGCCUGGACUCCCGGGGAAAAUUAACAAAGAUGGAAUUUUGCUGAUGCAAACCCUGUAAAAAUCGAAUCUUUCUGUGUAGGAAUCAUCCUUCAGGCCCCAAGAUUUGGACUUUGCAACCGGUACCAUCACCGAUGAGCCAGCCUUCGGUCAAUCCUCCUCCCCAUCGCUCCUCCAAGCCCGCCUCCGUCCUCCCGUACAAGACCGCCAAUCUGCGGGACCAUUACCGCAUCGGCAAGAAGCUAGGGCAGGGGCAGUUCGGCACCACGUACCUGUGCGUCGACAAGAAUGAUGGCAAGGAGUACGCGUGCAAGUCCAUCCCCAAGCGCAAGCUUCUCUGCCGCGAGGACUACGAGGACGUGUGGCGCGAGAUCCAGAUCAUGCACCAUCUCUCGGAGCACGCCAAUGUGGUCAGGAUCAAGGGUACCUACGAGGACGCGCUCUUCGUGCACCUGGUGAUGGAGCUGUGCGCGGGCGGGGAGCUCUUCGACAGGAUCAUCCAAAAAGGGCAUUACAGCGAGAGGAAAGCAGCGCUGCUGAUGAAGACCAUCGUAGGAGUCGUCGAGGCAUGCCACUCGCUCGGGGUGAUGCAUCGCGAUCUCAAGCCGGAGAACUUCCUGUUUGCCAGCACCGAUGAGGAUGCGGCACUUAAAGCGACGGAUUUUGGCCUAUCCGUGUUCUAUAAGCCAGGUGAUACCUUCUCUGAUGUUGUUGGAAGCCCAUAUUAUGUUGCACCUGAGGUAUUGAGGAAGCUUUACGGACCAGAAUCAGAUGUGUGGAGUGCAGGUGUCAUCUUGUACAUUUUGUUGAGCGGGGUGCCACCUUUCUGGGCUGAAACCGAAGCAGGGAUUUUCAGACAAAUAUUACAAGGUCAUUUGGAUUUUGAAUCUCAACCGUGGCCGGGUAUUUCUGAUAGUGCAAAGGAUCUAAUAAGAAAUAUGCUUAAUAGAGACCCAAGGAAGAGAUUUACAGCACAUCAAGUUCUUUGUCACCCGUGGAUCGUUGAUGACAAAGUUGCACCUGAUAGACCAUUGGACUCUGCCGUGCUAUCACGUCUUAAGCAGUUCUCUGCUAUGAACAAGCUCAAGAAGAUGGCGCUACGGGUUAUCGCUGAAAGCCUCUCUGAAGAAGAGAUCGGUGGUCUAAAAGAGUUGUUCAAGAUGAUCGACAUGGACAACAGUGGAACCAUAACAUUUGAUGAACUGAAAGAGGGUUUAAAAAGAGUGGGAUCCGAACUCAUGGAAUCUGAGAUACAGGCACUCAUGGAUGCGGCUGAUAUCGACAAAAAUGGCACAAUAGACUAUGGUGAAUUCCUCGCAGCAACGGUUCACAUGAAUAAGCUGGAGAGAGAAGAAAACCUGAAAUCAGCAUUCUCAUAUUUCGAUAAAGACGGAAGUGGUUACAUAACAAUUGAUGAACUUUCACAAGCAUGUAAAGAAUUUGGUCUCGACGACAUUCACCUUGACGAGAUGAUUAAGGAAGUUGAUCAGGAUAAUGAUGGGCAAAUAGAUUACAGUGAAUUCACAGCGAUGAUGAGAAAAGGCAAUGGAGGAAUUGGAAACGGAGGUGUUGGAAGGAGGACCAUGAGAAACAGCAUAAACUUUAAUCUGGGUGAUGCCUUCAAGACUACUUAAUUAGAGGUGAAUAUAUGGAUUUAGUGUGAAAUUGAAAAUGAGGUGAUGCCAUUAUACAAGGUUUAGUGACUGAGAACGAGUUUAUUUAUAUCAAUCUCUAAUGAGUUUAUCAGACUCCAAGAAUCGUUUUGGAUGAACAUUUUAUCUGUAGUUCCUUGAGUAAGCUUCAGAGAAGGUCAUCUGUACUUAUCGCACUAUGUCUUUUAUAGA